UUGGGCAGAGCUUUGUUAUGAUUCGGUCUGAGGAACUGAAGCUACGGAGAGAGUGAGGGGGCGAGUUGGGGCCUGGUUCUGUGAGCACGGCCUUGCGUGGAUUAAAAAAAAAAGAGAGAGAAGAGGAGCUGGACUUAAGGAGGGAGUUGAGUGGCUGCCAGCGUCGGGGGAGAAACUGAGAGUACUUCGUGAAUUCUACUCAUUUUGAAGGAAGACGACCAUUGCCCAAAUGUGAACUCUUCAUUAAAAUACAGCCAUUUUUUCCUCUGUUUUUAAAAACAAUUCAAAUACAGCAGAAGGAUAGCUUGCUAGCUUAGCCUUUUACUUUUAGCUUUAAUUUAAUGCAUAACUAGAAAUGGUAGGAAGACAGUAAUAAUUCAAUCUUAUAUCUUCAAGUUGCUUUUAGUUCCUUACCAAGGAAACUUAAGUGACAUUAUGUGAAAAGCCUUUCAAAAUACUGUUUUUAAGAAAGCUAAUUUUUUAGCAACCAUUAAAAAUGAAUCCUGCAUUUUAGCACUUAAUAAGAACAAAGGUUUACCAGAAUUUGCAGGACUCCUCAGCAUCCUUUCCCCCUGUCCCUUUGUUUCAAAUUCAUUUGUUACAGAAGAUGAACAAAGUGGAUUUGUGAAAUUCACCUUUAAUUACGGUGCUUUUCUGAAUGCUGUACAAAUUUGACAACUACUUUUGUAAUGUAAUAACUGAAUUACACAGCAUUGUGACAACAGGGAACAGUUUAAUGAGGUGAAUGUAGUUGUAGCUUUCCAAAAAUGCACAGUGCAUUUUAGGGUUGUUUUUUUUUUCUCAUAUGAGUUCAGAGAGCAUUUAAGAUGAGCAGCUAGAGGGUUAAGGGGUGCAGUCAGCACGAAGUGCGGCUUCUCGUGCUUCCUUUGGGACUCACCAUUGCCACACAGCUGGCAUAGGUGCACCCUGGCGAAGAAAGGAACCUGGAAAUCAAAGUAUUAAAGUGAGAGUGGACUGCAAAGGCCAAACUGGUAGGGCUGACUGUGUGUGUGGUGGUUCUCUCGUCUUAGCUCCUGGCCAUGAGGUUUGAUGCCUCACUUUAUUGAAGAGAGACACUGGACCUAAAUGGCGCAGCAUGACUUUGUUCCUGCCUGGCUUAACUUCUCUACGCCACAGUCUGCCAAGGCUCCUGGAGCUACUUUUGAAAAGCAUGGAGAACAUCUUCCUCGGGGAGAAGGCCGGUUUGGUGUAAGCCGAAGACGCCACAACUCUUCCGAUGGUUUCUUUAAUAAUGGCCCCCUCAGAACUGCUGGAGACUGUUGGCAUCAGCCUUCCCUGCACCGCCAUGAUUCUGUGGAUUCUGGUGUUUCUAAAGGAACUCAUGUUGGACUAGCUGGCAGUCAGCCAGGUUGGCAUGGUUCUUCACGUGGCCAUGAUGGGAUGAGUCAGAGAGGAGGAGGAACUGGAUCUCAUCGCCAUUGGAAUGGCAAUUUCCACUCCAGAAAGAAUUCAGCUUUUCAGGAAAAGCCAACUGCUGAAGCUAGGGAGGAAAAGGAAGAGAAGGAGAAAUUGCAAUUUGAGGAGGAAGAUUUUCCAUCAUUGAAUCCAGAAGCUGGAAAACAGCACAGCCAGGGUAAACCAGCUGGAACUCCAUCUGGUGUUUGGGAAAAUCCUCCUAGUGCCAAGCAACCUACCAAGAUGCUGGUCAUCAAAAAGGUUUCAAAAGAGGAUCCUGCUGCGGCCUUCUCAGCUGCAUUCACAUCACCAGGACCUCAACUUUCAAAUGGCAACAAGGCAACCCCCAUCGUCCCAAGUGUCUACAAAAAUCUGGUUCCUAAGCCUGCAGCACCCCCAUCAAAGCCAAAUCAAUGGAAAACUAACAGAAGUGAACAUAAACCAAGCUCACUAACCUCCAGCCGUGAUUCAGCUUUUACCAGUCCUGUGUCUGUAACCAAACCAGCUGUGUUAACCAGUGGCUCUGUUCUCACCUCUUCCAAAGAGAGUCCCUCCAGUACCACCCCUCCUAUUGAAAUAAACUCCUCUCGCUUGACAAAGCUGAUGCGCCGCACCACAGAUAAGAAGAGUGAGUUCUUAAAAGCUCUGAAGGACGACAGGAAUGGAGAAUUGCCAGAGCGUCAUGAGAACAACAAACUGGAGGAUGUGGAUGGUGGCAGUACAGCAGAACCAAAGGAAAACUGGGGGGAGAACUGCCAUCAGAAUGGGCUUUCUUUGCCAUUGGAAGAGGGAGAUAAUCUUUCUCACUCUUUAGAAGCAGAACACAGAUUACUGAAAGCAAUGGGAUGGCAGGAAUAUCCUGAGAAUGAUGAGAAUUGCCUUCCCCUCACAGAGGAUGAGCUCAAAGAGUUCCAAAUAAAGUCAGAGCAGCUAAGAAGAAAUGGUUUUCGGAAGAGUGAAUUUCUUCGAGGCCAAGGCAGCAGUCAACUAUUCUCCCACUGGAGAAGCACUUUUAAGACAGAGUUUGAAGAGUCAGACACAGAAACAAGUAGCAGUGAAACUUCUGACGAUGAUGCCUGAAGUUGGGCACCAAAAAUCCAUAAUAUAAAACCAAUCCAGCAAACUCAGUUUGUAGUUCAGCACAUAAAUGUUUGGGGUUCGAAUGAAGCAGAGUUUAUUCUAUCUCAAGUCUGUUCAGUUUUUUAUUGUUGAAAACUUCAUGCACAAGGGAAAGAAUUAUAUCCCAAAGAAGAAAGCUAUUGGCUUACUACUUUUUGAUUUUGCCCUUCUGUGCUUCAUAGAGAACAAUCCAUUCUGCCUUCUGGAGCAAGGCAUCUCAUCAGGAGCAGGAUGCAAAAGACUUAAGUUGGGCAACCACAAGCUUCUCAUACUGCCGUCCACAUUGCAAAAUGUUGUGCGGCAAUAAUGUGCUAAAACAAUCAUUGUCAAUGACAAAAUGGCUACGGAAGUUCUAAUUGUGUUAAAUUAAUGCUAAUAACAUGGAACUUUUUUAUUUUUUGGCGGCUCGGGGAGCUUCAUCACUUAACCAGGCGUGUUUGGUUUUUCUUUUUUGGGGGGCGGGUGGUACAGCUGUAAAAUAUUUGGAUAUAGGAAUUGUUUGUGUUCUUGCAACCUUGAUAUUCAGGGUGGAUUGUUAAAAUAUAAAAUUUUUGUGGGAUUUCAAAGAUUAAGAUUAUUUUGAUAACAUUAUUUACAGAUUUUAAAAAGUGACUAUCACAUUGAGUCUGUAUGAGGGGAAAAACUACUGCAUCAAAAGAUAACUAACUUGGAAUAAAUAUUUUGCAUCAAUUUGCCAA